CAGCAGUCCAUCUCCAUCUGUCCUCUCCUGCUUCUGCUCUGCUCAGGCUGAAGAACAUUAGGAAGUUCUCCCUCUCUCAGGCUGGAGUCACUCGUUUUCACCAAUGGAUGGACUUUGUCGCCAAGCCUGCACAGAGACUUCAUAAAAACUUCCCACGCCAUGCUGGCUGCUCCGCCUGACGUUUGCAGAGGGAUGGAGCAGGGUGGAGGAGGGACGGAGAGCCCCAGGCUCCAGGACAGUCCCAGCCCAGAGGAGAGAGGGGCCAAGGGGGAGAGCCCGGCCUCCUGCGGCCCUCCGCAGUGCAAGGUGAGCCGCGUGGAGGUGAACGGCAGCCCGGCAAACCCAACAGUCCGGCAGAACGGCACCACGCCCCUGAGACCGCUAGCAGGGUUGAUGAUCCCGGUCUACUGCGUGGUGGAGCACGCCGACACGGCCGGUGAAUACGACGGACGCGGCGGCGACCACCAUGCUGAGUUUGUCCUGGUCCGUAAAGACGUCCUGUUCACCCAGCUGGUGGAGACGGCUCUGGUGGCUCUGGGAUACUCUCACAGCUCAGCAGCACAGGCACGUGGCAUUAUUAAAGUAGGGCGGUGGAAGCCGAUGCCCAUCCACUACCUGACAGACGCUCCUGAGGCCACGGUGGCCGACAUGCUGCUGGAUGUUUACCACAUGGUCACGCUGAGGAUCCUCCUGCACAGCUUUGCUCGACUGGAGGAGCUUCCGUCGGACCAGUGGACCCACGCCACGGUGAGAAAUGCCCUGAAAGAUCUCCUCAGGGAAACCAACCAGAGCGCUCUGGCAAAGGAGUGUCCUCUGUCCCAGAGCAUGAUCUCGGCGAUAGUGAACAGCUCCUACUACGCCAACGUCUCCACCUCCAAAUGCCACGAGUUUGGGCGCUGGUUCAAGAGGUUCAAACGCGUCAAAGGUGAGUACGCGGAGAAGGUGUGGUCCUCCCUGGAAAAGUCGGAUAUAAAAGUGGAGAGGGAUUUGGACCUGAGCCUCCUCAGCCACCGUCCUCCGCCCCUCCUGCCGUCCUCUAAUCAUCUGGGCUCUUUAGGCAGUCCCGGGGUCCCCCCCAUCAAAAGCUGCCAUGGCGACGGUCAGAUGCCAUCACAGCCUCACGGUCUCCCUCACCCAGCUGGCCAGAACCACCCAAGGCCCCCCCUCCGUCCUCAAGCUCCACCCCUUUUAGGCCACGGCGGACUGUUGCCCCCCCAGCUGUCCCCCCAGCUCGUACGCCAGCAGCUCGCCAUGGCUCACCUCAUCAACCAGCAGCUGGCGGUCAGCCGCCUGCUCACCCACCAGCACCCACAGGGAGUCAACCAGCAGUUCCUCAACCACCCGCCCAUCUCACGGACCUGUAAGGUCACCGGCGCCGACCCCAGCAUGAGCUGCUCGGGGACGGAUGUCUCCGCAGACAUUUACCAGCUGGUCCGGAACGAACUGAAAAGAGCCAGCGUGUCACAGGCCGUGUUUGCCCGGGUGGCCUUCAACCGCACUCAGGGUUUGUUGUCAGAGAUCCUUCGUAAGGAGGAGGAUCCUCGCUCGGCGUCUCAGUCGCUGCUCGUCAACCUGAAGGCCAUGCAGAACUUCCUCAACCUGCCGGAGAUGGAGCGGGACCGGAUCUACCAGGAGGAGCGGGAGCGCAGCACCAGCACCAACCACAGCCUCUCCACCAGCCUCAUCUCCAGCACCAACACGCACAGACACACACAGACCAAGUGCAGCGUGUCCGGCCCAGAGCUGCAGCUGAAGCUCGACUCGCUGGUGAACAUCUCGUCAGGGAUCUACGAGGAGAUCCAGCAGGAGAUGAAGAGGGCCAAGGUCUCUCAGGCUCUGUUCGCCAAGGUGGCUGCUAAUAAGAGUCAGGGUUGGCUGUGUGAGCUGCUCAGGUGGAAGGAGAGCCCGAGUCCGGAGAACCGGACGCUGUGGGAGAACCUGUGCACCAUCAGGAGGUUCCUGGCCUUACCCCAGACCGACCGAGACCAGGUCUAUGAAGAAGAGUCGAGACAGCAGCACAGCGACCGGCUGCACACGGUCCUGCACGUCCCAGAUCAGCAGCCUCUCCACAGAGCGCCCCUCCCCCCCUUAACGGUUCCGUGUCCAGUUCAGGAGGACCCCCAGCCCGUCCCACUGCUGCCGGUUCUGCAAGGUCCGGAGGACAGGUCCCAGCGAGGGCUGAGUCCAGGUCUCGGAGGCGGAGGGACAAAGAAGUCCAGAUCCCGGACAAAGAUCUCCCUGGAAGCUUUGGGAAUCCUGCAGAGCUUCAUCGGUGAUGUGGGACUGUACCCGGACCAGGAGGCCAUCCACACCCUGUCAGCCCAGCUGGACCUGCCCAAACACACCAUCGUCAAGUUCUUCCAGAACCAGCGCUACAACGUCAAGCACCACAGUCAGAGCAGAGAGGCGGUGCCUGAGGAGGAUGACCGAGACAGCUCCAGUCCCAGUGAGGAGGGGGGGUGUACGGUCCAGAGCAGGGGGGAGGAGGGUCUCUCUGCUUCUGAUGAGUCCAGUGAGGACGGCAGAGUUUCUGUAGAAGCCUUCAGAACACAAGGAGUCGAGCAGGAAGGAGAGGUGGAGAUGGAGAAGGAAGAGGGGGAUGAUGGGAAAGCCUCAGGACCAGCUACGUCCUCUCUGUCCCCCUACAGCAGCGUGGACAGUCCUCAUUCUGCAGAGCAGCAGAGAUAACAGCAGAGACACCGGGUCAGAACCAGGGAUGCCGUCAAACUGUGAGAACCCCACAGAACUCAAUCAGAGGAGAAUAUUUAUACCGGGACCAGUCAGGAGGUGGAGGUUAAUCACAGCUUAGCUUUAUUCUCAUCAGAGUGUUAAUCAUCUCAAACCUUCUCCUGUUCUGAUUCUACAACGACCUUGUUUUCCUUUCCUGUCGGUGUUUAAAUGAAGCAACAUGAGUUACAAACCAAACGUGAAUAAAGAUUCUGAAGAUG